AUGUAUUCAUCUUGUCAAUCUUCUGCCUUCAAAGGGGACAAUGAUAUGGCAGAAGAGAUCGGAGACAUGAAAAUCAUAUCUUACCUGAUUACCGACACUGAAGAUGGUCUUCCCAUUACUGCAUUUAACAUUUCAUUUACCAAAAUAAAAUGGUCAAAAGCCAGGAUAAGAUUCGUGAGAAAGUCGAUGGGAAGGGAUGAGCUGGCUCCGCUACCAGAGGCUUGUCGUGAGUUUGAGAUGCCGAGUCGGCAUGCAGACGACGCAGUGCUCUACUUCGACUGUCUUUGGUCUGACAGAUCGUACGAAGGACAAAUCUACCAGUUCCAGUACAUUGCCACUCCUUGGUUUGGAAACCCCCAAGCUUUCAACUAUGCGUUUUUCGUCCCUAAUGGACGACGGAGAAUGCCUACAGUUCACAUGGCCGACUACCAACUGUUCAUGGUGGUUGAUGUUUCUGCUCUUCCGGUCAUACGAUUGCGAAUUCAAGUCGCUCCUCCACAUUACAAUAUAACUAGGUACCGUGUCCACUUGUGGCGCAGUUCCCGCCAGCCCGACGGCAACUCCUGGGUCGUCCACUCAGAGAUUCUGACCACUCCCCCCAACACCCCCGUGGACACCGUGCUCACCGUAGAGUAUGACUCUGAAUACAAACCGGGAGUGUACAACUUUACAGCUCUGCCCCUGCACUCCCAUUGCACCGAACACAACCCUUGCACUUUGUCUAGGGCACCCGAGGUGCUGAUAGUCGCCAGUCCUGAGAUGCCGCUUCUCAUCGGCAUCGUGGGUACAGUCAUCCUCAUCCCUGUCUUCCUCACUGCGUACUUCAUCUGGAGAAGGUCUUGUGCACAGAAACCAACUGGUGAUGAACCGAGACUGCCCCCCAAAGUAUUGCUGAUAUACAACCACAACUAUCCCCAGCACGUAGACGAGAUGAUAGAAUUCCAUCAUUAUCUCAAGAAGUCUUGUCAUCUGGACCCUCUCUUUGACCUGUUUGCUAUACCCAACACUGAAACUAAGGACCCGACUCGGUGGUACAUGAAGGCAUUUAACGAAGCAGACUUCAUCUUGGUGUUUGCAUCACCAGCAGGACCUCAGGGGGCUCAGCCCCACAAGCUCAACACUUACCUCCACCUGGACAGGAUCGCUCUGAAGCAGCUGCAGUACAGACUGGCGCUGCCACGGCCGAGGUGUCCAGCCGUCAGUGUACAGCUGACUGGCUGCUCCUGGGACACUCUGCCUGACGAGGCCAAGGCUCUCUCCAGAUACGCUCUUCCCCGAGACCUGGACCCGCUGUUGGUGUUCCUAGGUACAGCGCCUAUGUGUGACCACGGAGAGUCACUGUUGGCUGCGCUCAGCAACGCUCCCAAACAGAACCCUCCCUCGGCGUUCCCUCUGUUCAACCCCUGCACUACUGCCGUGCGGGACGGGUCGGCCAUCACGCUGCUGGGCGAAGGCUCCAAGGACAUCUCUGUGGAGUGCUGAUA